AAGUGGUAUUGUCGUUGGUAAGUAAAUCCCAGCGGAUCGACUCGGGGGCUCGCCUCACCCUCUUCUCUACGGCGAUUUUGCCGGUACUCCUUGUCCGAGUACUGGCCCAAAGAGAAGCCCUAAUCCGAGUCUGGUUGAAUCUACUGGUUACUUCAUCCUGUCCUGCAGUAUGCCUGCAAUCCAAAGGCUGUAUGAUGCAUGUAAAGUAUCGUUCUCUCCUAAUGGACCAAUAUCUCCAGAAGCUCUUGAACAAGUUCGCUUUAUUUUAGAUGAGAUCAGGCCAUCCGAUGUGGGUCUUGAACAAGAGGCUCAGGCAGUACGAACAUGGAAAGGCUCUGCACAUGGUUUAAAUGGGAGAAAAGGGCGUAAUGGGAGCAACCAAUUUUUGCCUCCAAUCAAAUAUUUGCAUAUACAUGAAUGUGAAAGCUUCUCUAUUGGUAUAUUUUGCAUGCCACCUUCGUCCAUUAUUCCACUGCAUAAUCAUCCCGGAAUGACCGUUUUGAGCAAGCUUCUGUAUGGUUCGUUGCACGUUAGAUCGUAUGAUUGGAUAGAUAUAGGCGAUCCCAUUUGUCCAACAACAGCUAGACCAGCAAGGCUUGCUCGAGAUGGUGAAAUGUCUGCACCCUGGGGGACAACAAUUCUAUAUCCUACAAGUGGUGGUAAUAUCCACUGUUUCAAAGCGAUAACUCCUUGUGCUCUCUUCGACAUACUCUCUCCCCCCUAUUCAUCAGAAGAUGGACGGCAUUGCUCUUAUUUCCGGAAGUCUUCGAGAAGGGAUCUGUCAGGUUGUUUGCCAAGUGGAAUAAAGGCCUCUGAAGUGGCUUGGUUGGAAGAGUAUCAGCCUCCCGACAGCUUUGUUAUCAGAAGAGGACUGUAUAAGGGCCCCGAGGUUACUACUUGAGGGUUUUAGUUUGGUGUAGCAUACCUGUCGAUCAGAUUGGCCUUUGUCAACAGGAAUAUGGGCCGAGGAUCUUGCUGUUAGCUGUCAUAUGAUUUUUUAAAAGUAAUGGGAAUAAUUAAGGUUACUGAUAUAUGGUUUAGAGUUGGUCUGUACAUGUUAAUAUGUAUUUCUGUUAUUAUGGUCCUCACCUUAGACUAAUGGAUGAAUGAAAUUCCCAUUGAGAGAACUGUAAAGAAGUGCAGCUUCUGCAGCUGUUUCUAUCAUUUUAUUUUGCAGGAUGCCAUCGUGGUCUGCUGUUUUUGAUCA